GUCACCCUAAAAGAGAAUAUUCCAACCAAAUUCAAAAAAUCCAACAGAAAUACACCAAACUUUCCCCCUUUUUUACUGGGGAAAAAAAAAUCUCAGCUUUAAGCAUCAGAUGAGCUUCUCAAGGCCCAACCAAUGCCGAUCCUCAUCAUCAGCAUCAUCGCAGCCCUCCAUUUCCUUGCCGGCGACGGAAGAUGCGUCGAGGUUCCGGUGCUCCGUCAGACCACCGGUAAGUCGCUGCAGUUCUCCGGCGAUUCAAGGUUCAAGAUCGCUCUUUUCGCCGAUUUGCACUAUGGGGAGAACGCCUGGACCGAGUGGGGCCCGGCUCAGGAGAAGUCGGAGCGGGUAAUGGCGGCCGUUCUUGAUAAAGAAACCCCAGACUUUGUAAUCUAUCUUGGAGAUGUUAUCACUGCAAACAACCUUCCAAUUCCUAAUGCAACCAUGUAUUGGGAUUGUGCUAUUUCUCCGACAAGAAAAAGAGGGAUCCCGUGGGCAACAAUAUUUGGAAACCAUGAUGAUGCAUCUUUUGUGUGGCCAUCUGAAUGGUUUUCUGCCACUGGAAUUCCUCAGGUCUGCUGUCCACCAACAAAUUUCUCAGUUUCAGGAGAACGAGAAUGCAGUUUCGGAGGAGCAAAGCGCAUUGAAUUGGUGAACAUGGAGAUUGAGAGAAAUACUUUAUCUUAUUCACAUAGCGGUCCUAGAGAGCUUUGGCCGAGUGUUUCAAACUAUGUACUGCAAGUCUCAUCAUCUACUAACGGGAAAUUACCUGUUGUUUUCCUAUAUUUCCUUGAUUCUGGUGGCGGGUCCUACCCAGAGGUCAUAUCUCAUGCUCAGGCUAAGUGGUUCGAGGAGCAAUCACAACUGAUCAAUCCUGAUGCAAGGAUCCCUGAAGUGAUAUUUUGGCAUAUACCGAGUGAAGCCUAUAAAAAGGUAGCUCCUAUGCCUAUAUUUGGAAUACACAAGCCCUGUGUUGGUUCUAUUAAUAAAGAGAGAGUUGCUUCCCAAGAAGCGGAAUGGGGAACCAUGGACAUUCUCUUACACAGAUCAUCUGUUAAGGCAGUCUUUGUUGGGCACAACCAUGGAUUGGAUUGGUGCUGCCCCUACAAGAAUCUCUGGCUCUGCUUUGCUCGCCAUACUGGCUAUGGUGGCUAUGGAAACUGGGCUAGAGGAUCAAGAAUACUCGAGAUGACCGAAAAUCCAUUCUCUCUCAAAUCUUGGAUUAGGAUGGAAGAUGGAAGUGAGCAUAGUUAUGUUAUCUUGAGUUCUUAAAUGGCUUGCGCAUUUAGGUGCAUUCCUGAAGUUAUAGAAAUACAAUGAGAUGAAGCAGAGGAGGGGCAAAAAACUGCUCCACCAUUAAAACAGCAGUUAAUUUUAGGACAAAUUUUGAAAAUCGACCCAUUUUAAAAAAAUUACAAAAAUCAACCCAUUUACAACAUAUUUAUCAAAA